CGAUUUUUUAUAGCUGCCACAUUACAACGAAAGUGGAAGAGUCUGCGCGAUAGUUUCAACAGAGAAAUUGGGAAGCAAAACAAAAGCGGAUCUGGAGCAUCAGGCAGAAAAGAAUAUAUAUAUUUUAAACAAUUGUCUUUUUUGAAACGUCUUAAAAAUGUGAGAUCUACUACAGAUGAAGAGAUUAAUGAAAAUGAUUCAGAAUUAAAACAACCACAAGAACUCAAGAAACAAGAAGAAUCUUGUUCUCUCUUGUACUCAUCACGAUCUAUAAGCAGUUCUAGGAGACGGGCAAUGAAAAGAAAUAUUGAUAAAACAGAAAACGAAAUCUUGCAACAACUAUCGGACAAUUUAAAAAAAAAAUAUGAAAGACCUGAAGAUGUAGAUCCUGAUAAAGAUUUCUUGAUGUCAGUCUUGCCGGAUAUUAGAAAAAUUCAUGAUGAUUUUAAAAUUGAUUUCAAGAGUGAAAUGUUACAGUUGAUUAAGAAGUACAAAAUGUAUGAACCUAUUCAUAAUUACAGAUCUUACUCAUCACAGUCUUAUGGAUAUUCUACACAAAACACAAAUGCUUAUACAACAAAUCAGGCUACUACAUCAACUGCGAUGUCUUCUCCAUCGGCAUUGUCAAAUUAUUCAAACCAUAGUACGGAUGAUAGUUCUAUAAUAGAAAAUUUGUUUGAUACCGAAUCUUGAAUUUAAAAAUUGAUUAAAAGGCCGAAUUGUUACAGUUAAUUAAGAAUUACAAUAUGUAUAAGUUUUCCGAAAUUACGAAUCUUAUUCAUCAUAAUAAAUAUUAAAAUAUUAAAUGUGUUUUACUUACUUACCUUAAUGUGAUUGCGAGUCUUUCUGCAGGGGCGAUGCUUUCUCGCAUACUGGUAUUUUGCCGUAUUAAUCCAUCUUGUAACACUAACAAUAGUUCUUGAAAUGUAGUCAAACUCAUUCGAUAAUGUCUAAAAAACUUUUUUGGAUAUCUUUGUAGAUUAUCGAAGUGCAAGUUAAGCCCCGGAUACACUAGGGAACAUUUUGUCCCGCAACAUGACGCGCAACACAAAAUAUACGUGACGCUGCAACGUUGCAUAGUGUCCCGCAACAUGACCCACAACAUUUUACGUGACGCGGGGCAUGUUGCUUGCUCCCGCCUCGAGAGCGAGCGCACGUGUCCCGCGUCAGUGUUGCGCCAUUUGUCACUGAGUGUAGUCGCGUACGCAACGUGCCUUUAAAAUGUCUGUAGUGUGCGGAAAUGAUACCGUGCUUUUGCUUAUAGAGCUUUACGAAAGUCGUGACUUGUUGUGGGAUACUUCACACCGUGACUAUCGAAAUAAAAUAAAGAAAAAUGAUGCAUGGGAGGAUAUUGCCAAGGCGCUUAAAUUGCCUAGAAAAGAAAUAGAAACCAAAGUUCAUACCCUGCGUUCGCAAUUUGUCCGAGAAAGGAAGAAAGUGAAAUCGUCAAAAACUACUGGUAGUGGACGAGAGGACGUGAAGUCCAGUGCAUGGUUUGCGUACGAUGCAAUGAAAUUUUUGCUAAAGGGAGCCACAACUUCUGGAAGCUUGGACACUUUGGACACAAACGUAAGUCAUACUUUAGUUAUUUUGUCAUUUGUAAUCAGUAAUCACGGUCACAUCACCUGCGACAAAUUUAGCGCAAACGGGUUUAUUUUUAUUGAAAAGUAUACAUUUAAUUUUGCAUAUUUUAAAAAACGCGCGUUAC